GAGGCUUCUAACGGUCAUUGAGCGGCUCGAGCGCGGGUACGCGAGGCCCGGGCUUCAGGCCUAACCCCCUCAGGGUUGCGGUCCCACAGUCUCGCUACCAACCCCCUUGCGGUUGCGGUCCCUCGGCCUCGCCACCGACCACCUUGCUACCACCACACUACCCCCCACCCCCUCCAAAUCCUCUCCCUUCCACCUCCCUCCGAGAGCCGCCGCUCGGAGAUGGUCUCCGGCUGAUAAUGGGCGGCAGCAGUUCUAAAGGCCGCACCUUCUGGCCCUUCGGAUCGGGCGCCGUCAGCGACUCGGCCAAAGGCGUCGGCGAGCAGACCCUGACCCGAUACAAGGGCAGCCGGCUCGGGGCUACUCCUUUCGUCUUUAGCCGCCGAAGCUCGAUGUAUUACGAUGAAGAUGGUGACCUGGCUCAUGAAUUCUAUGAAGAAACAUUUGUCACAAAGAAUGGAAGGAAAAAAGCUAAACUGAAAAGAAUUCAUAAAAAUUUAAUACCUCAGGGGAUGGUUAAACUGGACCAUCCACGAAUCCAUGUUGAUUUCCCAGUGGUUUUAUGUGAGGUGUGACUGAAAUACAAGUUUUCAUCAGAUUGAGACUUAUGCACUAUAGAUGACUGCCAGAUGCUAAAUCCUCCUUGGACCUUCAUUUCAGUGGUGGAGACUGGCCCAGUGAGAACAUGGCAUCUGUUUCAUUUGCGUGUAGUUUUCCUGCUACAAGCCAAACUUUCAAACGUUUCCUUUCUGUGAAUAUCAAUAGAGUAAUCUGAAAAUUCAUCCUAAUUCAGUUAAAUCCAGUCACAGUACAGAUAUACACUAAGAACUCUUGUGCUGUAUCAAGUAAUUGUGUUAGAUCACUAUGACCAAUGUUCAAGAACAGUGUAAAUAGCUUUAACUUAAUGCAGUCAUCAGGGAUAUUUAAACAUUGAGUUCUGUAUAUAUGCAUCUGCACAGUGUUCAGCAGUAAAUAUAAUGGCAUAUCCAUGAAAGUUGAUUAGUUCCAAAGUUUGUUAUUUAUCAAUGACAUUUUUGUUUAAGAAUGUUUUAAUUUUCUCAUUGUGUAAUAAAAACAAUUCCCAGCCAGUCUCUUGAAAUUUGUUACUGACUCUUGAAUGUCGAGGACAAAUAUUCUUGAAACUAGAGUUUCAACUGUUUUCUGUACCAAAAUGGUGAACCUGUAUUUAAGGAAGCAGCCCCAUAAAUGAGCUGAAAUGAUGGAAAUGUGGAGAAAAUUAGAUAGCAAAGACCCUGAAGGUAUCUAGUCAUUGCAGCCAAGCUGCAUAGUGUCAUAACACACCCAACACCUGUGACCACAGAAUACCAGUCGGGGGAAGGGCUUUCUUCCCCCUCCAUUCCUAGUGCCUUUUGUAGCAUCUAACCUGCCCUGGCUGAAUUACAUUGGUUUGAACCAAUUUAGCUUGUGUAUUUUCAAUGUUCACUUUGAAUAGAUCAUCAAACAUCAGUAAAGAUUUACUGGGCAGCAAGAAAGUCCUGUGCUGACUGAUUAUCAGCUGAAAUCUGGCAUGAUUUCAGCAUGCUUAUCAGAUGGUAUUUUUGCAUUUGACUUGAAGGACCAUUUCUGACUCUAACCAACCUAAUCUGAAUAGAACUGGAGCCCUUGUCACUAAGCUAUUUGCUGAAACUGGUAACAACUUUGUUCAGCUAAUGAAAUAGUUGUACAUUUAUCCAAACCAGAUAUUGCAGUUGCAAAACCUGACAUUGGCUACAAGAUUUAACUCCUGUUCACAACUAAAUGCUAUUUUUCUACCCGAAAAGCAUUGAAUUCCUAGCCAAAUAUGUAAUUGUCGUUUGCUGUCUGCUGUUUUAGAUGAGGAAAUAAGGAUAAACAGGUGAUCUAUUGGAUAACUGUUAACUAACUUGGCCUAGUCAAGGAACUGUCUGUCAGCCUCUUCACUUCAGGCAAAAAAUGCUUCACAGUUAAACUUCUUGAUCAGUGUUCAAGUCUGGCUGCUGUUAAACUGUUCAAUGCAUGUGUGUAAGCAUGAUCGCUGAAAUAUUUGUACACAAGGGAAUGAUCAUUUGAAGCAAGUGAUAUGCAUUUUUCCUAAGAAUUAUACUUUGGAUUAAUGUCAUGAUUUUAGUUAUUGCUAAUUGAAGAAUCCGCUGUUGUAAUGAAAAAUAGGACCGAGCGAGAGGUAAAAUUAAAUCCACACUGAGGUUUUUUUGGUUUCAGGGUGUGGUUGGCAGAGAGGGUAAGGAAGCAAGAGCUGAGCAUAGUUCACACAAAGGAAAAGAAUGUGGAAACUGUAUGAUUGACAUGAGAUUAAAAGCGCAUGGUCAUAAUUUACACACAUGGAUUUAGCUAGCCUGUGGUUCAUUAUUACGUGACCUUACAUCUGCCAUAUGUUAUGUUUCAAAAUUAAACUUCUGUGCCUGUAACAGCACAACAAUCAAAUAUAUAGAAUUAAAACUUCACAGGUCAUGUGGGCUCAUCUGUUGAUUGUGCUUCAUGUGAAUGUUAAGGCAACAAAAGAUUGAGAAAUUUGUGGCAAUAUUUGCUGAGGUGCUACAAAGGUCUAUGAUAUCGUCAGAUGUAAUAAAUACUUGCUUGAGAUUUGAAUUUCAGCCCCCUGAGAUUAUCCAGGAAUGAAUUAAAAUGGUCCUUGUAUGCUGUGCUUCAUAUACUUUUUAGGAUAUAUUAACUGUGACUGGACCAAAUCAUCUCUAACACUUUUUUUAAAAUAGUAUUUUUAUUGAAAAUGUGUGCUGUAUCUUUUUUAAAACCAAAGGAACCUUAAACAGCCUGGCGUAGAUGAUUUGAACAGACGUCAACUUUCUUUUGUCACAUUACUUAUCAGGAAUCUCUCCUGCUCUUAACUGCCUGCCAUUGACCUUCAUCACAAGGAUUUGCAGAUUGAUAAUUGACCUGUUUUCUUAUGAUAUGAGCAGUUCUUCAUUGGCCACCAAAUCCUGGAUUAAGAAUCAAACCCAGAGGCUCUGCCUCAGAGGCAGGGACACAACCAACAGCUCCCAAGAUGAAUGGUCCCCAGUCAAUUUGUGCCUCACCUGGAAAAAAAGCCUCUGUCCCUUUUAGAGAUAGACUUUGUCAGUUCAAGAAGCUAGGGUGAAACUGAAAGUUUAGAAAAAAGAUUUUUUUUGUUUUUUUUUUUUUUUAGAAGCAUAGCAAAGUUUGUGAAGAAAAUUGGUGAUAAAGAAAUUGUACUGGAUCCUGCACAGUGGACCCAUUGUGAUAAGUAAACAAGUACUUGGAAUUAAGAUCAAUCAGAAAUAGGACAAAUUUGUUUGCUCAUAUAGCCCAUUUUGACUUAAGAACUGGGGAGUUUACUUGAUCUAAGAUCUCAAAAAAACAAACAAAUGUCAAUUUUUGUCAUCCAUCCAUAAUGUUAAUGGAUUCUUUAAAAAAAAUUUUUGGACCCAAUCCGUUUUUUCUUGGGUAAUACCCUAUCUGUGUGUCGGAUUUCAUUGAAUCCCAUCCAUUAGCUUUUGAGACAUAUUGUUUACAGAUAGACUAACAAAGGGGCAGAAGAGUUAUGCUGCCUACUUUCAGUGGCAGAGAUGAAUACGUGUUUACGUAAGGGUGGCUGUUCAGUUCAUUGUGGCAACUCUUUCUAGAACAUGAAUCUCUUCCCAAUGUGGUUCAUGUUUUAUUUAUAGCAAAAUAUUAACAAGUGUUUUAACUGCAAAAUCUUAAAAACAAGAAUUAUAAAAGCAUAAGUCAAAAAGUCAGGCAAUUAAUUGCAUAGCCUUACUUCAACGGUGAUACUAACUUUUCUAUAUUAUUGCGCGCACGUUUCGAGGGGCUUCUCAUACUGUCAGUUCUCCUACCCAUUAACGUGUGAUUCUUCUGUGCCUAGCCUCAUUGUUCUUGUAUAAGUCAUGAUUCUGAAAAGAUUAAUGUUGGGGAUUGCAUUAAGUUCCACCCAAUCUGAUAAUGUCAUCAGAAUUUGAGUGGGGAAAUGCAGAACAGCUUAGGAACUUGUAGAAUGAGGACCUAUAAACUGGAUUUCCUCUUGUACUUGUCUAUCUUACUAAAGUGUCUGUUAUCUCAAAAUAAACUAAAUCAUGUUUAAGAC